AUGGCCGCUGUCGACAAACUCACCCCCAACGACCACCGCGUCCAACACAAAUCCUACACUAUCCCCUCCAACCCGUACAACACCACCUACCACUACCUCCUCGCCGAACCGCCCUCCUCGACCCCCACCACCGGCACCGCCCUCCUAGUCCACGGCUUCCCCGACCUCAGCUUUGGCUGGCGCUACCAAGUGCCCCUCCUCCUCUCCCUCGGCCUGCGCGUCAUCGUCCCCGACAUCGCCGGUUUCGGCCGCACCGACGCCCCCAGCGAUCUGCACGCCUACUCUCUCCAGCGUGUCGUCAAGGACCUGCUCGCCAUCGUCCGGCACGUCCAAGGCAAAGCCGAAGGCGACGAUGUCGAGCCAAUCGUGCUAGCGGGCCACGACUGGGGUGGUGCCGUGGUCUGGCGGUUUGCGCUGUGGCACCCGGAGGCGCUGCGCUGUGUGAUUAGCUUGCAGUGGGCUGGGACGGAGGUUGAUGAGGCGCUUGUUGGGCGGGAGAAGAUUAGGGCGUUUUUGAAGGUGUUGUAUGGCGCGCGUCGGGAUGACGGGAAGCAGGUGUUUAAUGUGGCGAAGGGGUUGGAUCUGGAGGCGCUGGAGGUGGACAAGAUUGGGGAGAGUCCGUUGGUGAAUGGGGAGGAGUUGGAGUACUAUGCGGAUGAGUAUGCUAGGAACGGGAUCAAGGGGCCUUUGUCCUGGUAUAAGACCAGCAAGAUCAACUUUGACGAGGAGAAGGUGUUGUUCGACGAGGGCCGGGACAAGAUCACGUUGCCGACGCUGAUGGUGGUGGCUCUUCGCGACAAUGCGCUGCCGCCCGCAAUGUCGGCCAACAUGCAUGAGUAUUGCACCAACUUGACCAAGAAGGAGGUGAAUGCCACGCAUUGGGCGCUCUGGGAGGCGGCGGGCGAGACCAACCAGCAUUUCAAGGACUUUUUGCAAGGGGUGCUCAAGGAGCAGCCCCUGAAGGCUUCAAUUUAG